GUCCCAACCCUAUCCCUGAAAGCCACGUCCAAGGGAUGACCGGCGCCGGGACCAAUCUUGUAUUCCACACCACCCCUCUGCCUGCCCUCGCUUGCAUCUCCAGCUGCUGUUUGCGCAUGCACUGCGGGACGGCCUUUGGGCUACGUACUCCCCAGGAAAUCCCCGGAGCUCUUGAGGCGCAUAUGAGCCCGGUGCUCGGCCAGCAGCCUUGCCAGCAGCUCCAGCCGUGCGCCCUUCGCCUACCUGUGACAGCGCAGCGGCGGUAGCAAGCUCGAUGGGGAUCCAACCCUCAAAUUACAUAUACGAGACGCCGCAUCAGUAUCAGUUUGGCGAGCGUCGGACAACAGUGACCAACUCCACGCGAGGAAGCGUGGGACAUGGAGUUUCUUGAGUGGCAACCUCCCAGGCGAAAGCUGCAGAAUUCAUUUAUGCAUCAUGUAGCAUGGCACUUUCAUUGUAUGCGAUAUGUGCAGAAUGUGCUGCACUAAGGGGCGAUUGAAAGCCGCAUCAUGCGGCGAAACCCAAACAUCCGAGAGCAUUUGCUCAGUCGGACAAUACGCACUAUUACAAUGCGCAUAAUUUCAUAUCUAUUGCAAAGCGAAUUUGCGUCAUGCUAGUCGGCGUUGGUUAUUAAUAACCGGCCCGACCUACCUAGUGGUGAAGUCUCCUGUCGAUAUUUCAUACAAAAAUAUUGUGCUUUCCUAUGCGGCUAAAGGCAGGGAGCUAGCUGACUGCAAAGUCAAAUAUCCUGCGAACUCAGGCUCUCAGGCGAGUGCGCGCUGCUGGACUGCAACAUGGUCGCCGGCAGCUCUGAAACAAGAUCAAUAGAUAAUGCGCUGUUAAGUAGCCAGGACCUUGGCGCGCUGGGCUUCCUGGCGCAGCUUUCCAACCAAUUGUCAGUCGGCCAGCGACGAGGGCCGAGGCGCCACAGGUGGACCAUCACCGGCGGGGCAGCUCACGGCGAGGCCGGCCGGGGCCUGCCAGCAGCUGCCAACUCAGUAGCCUCGGAGGAUGGCAGCAGCGCCAGCUUCAGGACCUCGGCGAGCGGUGUCAGGCGCGAGAUGCCGCCGACGGACGUCAUUGCGUUCAUGACGAUUGCGACGCCGACCGCCAGCACCACCAGCACCAGCUCAGCCGCCCCUCAGUCGCACAGCCAGACUCGCCCCCACCCCGACGCUCGCUCGCAGGCCGGGCACCCCCGCCCCCUAGGCCAGCACCCGCACCCACACCAGCAACACCCUCGGGACCCCCACCCCCUGCUGCCGCCUCCCGCCGGUGCGGUGGGGCUGGAGCUGCCGGUCCACAUGCGCCCCAACGCGCUCUACCUGGCCGCCGCCGCCGCCGCCGGUGGAGGAUGGGGUGGGGGCACGGGCCACGUCAUCACGGGCGGCCCCACGGGCCACAGGCUCGGCAUGAGCGCGGACCAGGAGGGGGCGGCGGCGGCGGCGGUGGGCCCGCACCAGCAGCACCAGCAGCACCAGCACCACCAGCACCACCCGCAGCAGCACCACAAGCACCAGCACCAGCACCCGCAGCACCCGCACCAGCAGCGCCACCCGCACCAGCAGCACUGGCGUGGCGAUGAGCCCGCUCGCCCCAGUGGGGACACAUCGCAUCAGCAGCUGCAACAGCAAAAACAACUACACCACCAACAACAACAGCAACAGCAACAGCAACAGCAACAACAACAGAGGAGUACGCAGCAGCACCGCUGGAGCGAAAGCGGGCUUGGUGGCGGCGGCGGCGGUGGCUGCGGGCGGGGGUCAGGGGCAUCAGCAGGGGCCGCUGCCGCACCGCUGGAGCCACAGCGGGCGCGGGGCGGGGCAGCAGCCGCAGCAGCAGCUGAGGAGCCCGGCGCCGCCGCCGCCGCCGCAGCGGCCGCCGCCGCCAGCACCACCACCACCACCACGGAAACCUCUGUGCCGGCACUGCGCAUCCGGCCUGUGGUGGUGGUGGGUGGCGGUGGGGGUGGGGGCUGCAGGGGGGCGGCGCAAACAGCAGUAGCAGCAGCAGUAGCAGUAGCAGCAGCAGCAGCAGCACCGGCCCAGCCGCCACAGAUGUCCAGCCGUAGCAGUGGCGGCACGGGUGGCGGGCAGCAGGCGCCGUUGGUACGACAACAGCAGCAGCGGCAGCAGCAGCAGCAGCCGCCACAACAGCAGCAGCAGCAGCUCCCUCCACCCCUGUUCUCCCAGUUGGACACCUUCUCCUCCAUGGACGGCGGCGGCGAGGGCAGCACCACCGCCGCCACCACCCCCACCACCGCCGCCACCGCAGCGUUUGCCGCCACCGCCACCGCCACAGCCGUGGUGGUGGCGGAGCGCCCGCAGCAGCAGCAGCAGCAGCAGCAGGUGCUGCACACAGCAGUGCUUCAGCAGCAGGGUGGGGAGCAGGCGGCCGUGGCCUGCUGGCGAAGCAGUAGUAAUGGCGGUGCCGGUGCUGCCGCUGCGGCCGGGCCUUCUGCCGCCGCCGCCACCGCCGCCGCUACUGCCGCCGCUGCCGCCGCCGCUACUGCUGCCGCCGCUACUGCCGCCGCCGCAGCUGCCCCCGUCCCGGCUGCUGCUGCUGCGGGGCGGCGGCUGCUGUCACCGCCGCCCUCCGACGCAUCCUCAUCCACACUGGCCUCCAUUUCCAGCGCCGCCGCCACCACAGCAGCCACCACCAUCACCACAAUCACUACCAUAACCACCAGCAGCAGCAGUAGCAUCGAUAGCGCCGCCGCCGCCGCCGCCUCGCGCUGCCCUGCUGUAGCCUCAGCCGCCGCCGCCGCCAAGCCCCUGUUGCCGCCGCCGCCGCCCCUGCCUCUGCCCCCGCCGCUGCCGCUGCCGACGGUCGCCACCACCGCCACCGCCGCCGCCGCCGCCGCCAUCACCCGCCGCCCCACCGCCGCGGCGCCGCCGCCCCGGCCCACGCCCGCAAUCCAGUGGCGGGGGCCGCCGCAACCGCAGCAACCCCGCGGCUCCCACUCCGCAACGGCGGCAGCCGACGCCCUAGGCAGUGGUGGCGGCGGCGGUGCCCUCGGCGGCGGCGGCGGCGGCGGGAUGCUGGCGGCGCUGCGCAGCAGCUUCCGGCGCCUCCGCCGGCGGGACGCACAGCAGCAACAACAGCCGCCGGCGGCGUGCCCCGCUGCUGCUGCUGCUGCUGCUCCCGGGCCAACUGCGGAACUACUGCGCGCUGAGGCUGCUGUGAUGCCAGCGGCGAAAUCAGCGGCCAUCACCUCUCCGGGCGGCGGCGGCGGCGGGCCCGAGGCUGCUGCUGCGGCGGCGGGGGGCGGCGGCGGGCGGGGUGGCGGCGCGCUGCUUGCCGCGACCGCCUCCCUCCGGCGCCUGCUGCAGCCUCAACCACCUCAGCCACCUCAGCCGCAGCCGCAGCCGCAGCCGCCGCGGGCCCUGCUGCGCCGCAACGCCACGGAACCGGAGAUGGGCUCCCGCGUGCGUGCAGCUGCUGCUGAGGCGGCAGUGGCGGCGGCGGCGGCAGCUGCUGCCGCAGAGGCGGCGGCGGCAGCGGCGGCGGCUUCGCGGGCUCAUCAUCAGGCUCACCCGCGCCACCAGCAGCUGCAGCUGCAGCCGCCACGCCCCGGGCCACGUGCGCCGCCGCCGCUGGCCCGCAUUCGGCCGGUGCCUGUCCCCCCACCUCCCCCUCCACGAAAUGCUGCCGCCCCUGCUACUGCCGCUGCUGCGGCCCACAUCCUGAAGCGGUCGGUAACCACCGGGCGGCUGCGGGGGGCGGCGCCGCCGCCGCGGUUUAGCGAUGGCGGCGCUGCCUGUGGGCCGCGUGCCCGUACCGCUGCAGGUGCUGCCGGCGAUGGGGGUGACGUCAUCAGCAGCAUCAGCAUCAACAGGAGUGCUGGCGGCGGCGGCGGCGGCGAGGAUGUUGGCGGCGGCGGCGGCGGCGGCGGCGGCGGCGACGGUUGGCGCGGCUUCGUGCGGCAGCUGGUGCGGCGCGUGUCGCUCAAGGGCCGGCGGCAGCAACAGCCGCAGCUGCAGCAGCCCACAGCAACCGCCACCAACCGCCCGAGCGAGCCCGGCGGCCGCGGCGGUUGUAACGGUAAUAACGGCUACGGCAGUUAUGGUCACGGCGCGGCAGCGGCCGGUUAUUACCCUAAUCUGGGCAGUCCCGAUGAUGAGGGGUACGGUGCGGGGGCGGGCGGCGGCGGCGGCGCGGCUGCCGUGGCGGCGCGGCGGUCUGCUGCUGCUGCUGCUGCCGCUACUGCUGCGGCUGCUGCUGCCGCUACUGCUGCUGCUGCUGCUGCUGCUGCUGCUGCUGCUGCUGCUGCUCAGCAGCGCGCCCUGCUGGCCCGGUCCCGUGUGGCGCGUGUGCCGCGGCGCUCCGUGCUGCACAUCCCGGACCACGUGCUGGCGGCGUUGGCGGCCCUAGCGGCGGCGGCGGCGGAGGAGGAGGCGGAGGCGGAGGCGGAGGCGGAGGUGGAGGCGUUGGAGGUGAAGGGGGCUGGACGGGUGUCGGGAUUGGCAGCGGGGGCGCUAGGCGCUCACGCGUGAGUAGAGCAGGCAGAGGGGAGCGUGGGUGUGUUGGCGGGUUCAUGCCCGCGUAAAGCUUUGUAAAAGUUUCGCAGCAGUCAAAGGCCUUUUGGGUGUCUAAGCAUGGGUGUAUGUGAGACACUGAGACUGCUGUCACGGCGGGGGACUGGGGGUGGGUGUUUUACUAAAUUAUGCAUUUCUGUGGUCCUUGAAUUUUGUGAGCGUGAGCGCGAGCAUGCGAAUACGUGUGAGUAAACAGGCGCAGCAGGAUGGAUGGAGGUGUCAGCAGCGAUCAAGGGUACCGUGGUAGGCGGCACGCAUGCAGCGGCUGGUGGCGCUUGGGUUGUUCGUGGGUGAUGGCAGCGUGCCACAUGACGUGUGUGCGCCUGCAGGAUUGUGUUUCGACAAUGAUACCCUCGGAUCAAAGUACUGCCAAUGUAGCUUGUGUGUAUAUAUGUGUGUUGCCUGAGUGCGUUAAUUGAUGUGUGUUGUACAAUGCGCAAUGCAGCGCGCGGCAGCGCCCAGCAGUGGUGCAGCUCCCGCCGUGCGUGUGUGUGUGUGUGUGUGUGUGUUUCAUCAACGUUGAUUGGGCAGGCGGGAACCGGACUACAGGGCGGUGGCAGGGCGGUGGCAGGGCAGGGGCAGAUUGCAUUGGUUACAAGAGGGACCUGCUGACACAGGGGCAGUAGUGGGGCACAAACCGCAAGAGGUGUACAGGGGAAGAGGGAGCACCAGGCGUGACCGAAUGCGACGGAGGCGGAGGUGGCCCAGGGGCGCAUCGGAACAGCCUUCAUGACUCAUGUGUGGUGGCCAACGGCCCUCUGUUACCCGAUUGCG